GUCUAUGCAUGGAGUACUCCACGGUCUAUGACGUUACUUAAAACUCUCUUUGUUUACAAAUGAAAAGAAAUUGAUGUUAAAUAAACGUUUGGACAGGAUAUUACUCAUUAGCUUAAGGGGAAAGAAUCUUCUAUGUCAAUGAUCUUAUCUUAUCACUUGGUUGUCACUGACUCAUUUCACCCUUCAAAACAACAAUUUAAACCCUACUUAGACAUUAAGUAAAAUAAGUGGAGUCAAAAAACUCCUCGAGAAGAGCAGAAAGAAGCAAUUCAACUAAAAAUGGGGUUUAGCUGUUGGGGCGAGUUCACGAGAGGAAAGCUGUCCUUGGACCACCCAGAAAAGGAUCGUUUUGAUCGAAGUCAGUGGUGCCCUCCUGGGAGAGUGAGCACAUGGUACAUGAUGUAUCGAGUGUUUGUGGCUAUUAUGUUUGUUUCCUUUGUCAUUUGUCACAUCAUUGCAUUUCCCAUUCCGGAGAAGUGGAUCAUUUUUAUGACGGAUCAAGGAGUUCUGUUUCUCACGCUGCAUUUUGUUCUUUAUGCCGCACUGGUUCUGACCAGAUGGAUCCAAGAGCGAAGGAGUGGUUUGCGAGAGAACACUGUAGAGAGUUUGCCUUUGAUAUACAGGAUAUCUUGGGCCAUGGGGUCUUGCUUUUCCAAUGCUGCCCUAGUUAUCACCCUCAUUUACUGGAUAGCUUUGCAUCGAUUUGUGGAGAAAUAUGGCUUGUUAGAAACAUCGUGGGAAUAUUUUCUCAACUUUUUCGUACACGCUUUAAAUUCGACAUUCUGUCUCAUCGACAUAUUCCUCACCGAUCGACCUUACCGUGUUCUCCACUUCUAUGUCCCCAUUGGUUAUGGGCUUUUUUAUGUUCUGUUCAGUCUCAUUUAUUGGGGGGCAGGUGGCACUGGGUUUUGCAACGAAGAUGGUUGUGUGAACUACAUUUACCCCAUUCUGGAUUGGUCCGGGAAUCCUGGGAUAGCGGUGCUAACGGUGGUUUUGGCUCUGAUCGUCAUUCCUUUGGGCCAAUGCGUUUGGUUUGGACUCUACAAGUUGAGGCUGUGGAUAUUUAAUAGGGUGACUUCGUCAUGAAGUGCUUACAAAAUCCUCACUGACCAUUUCAUGUAGCAUUUCACUCACACAACACACUCAGAAAUGGUAGCAAUGAUCAAAUAUUAUUUCUCACUCUUGAAUUAUAAAUCUGAAUCUGA